UAUAGCAGGACAUACUAUUUGGCAAAUAAUAUGGGGUAGGUUGCUGAGCUGUUGUCUGUAGCCAUAGAUAUACAUAUAUACAGUAGUGUUCUAUAUUUAUUGCAUAGAUGAAUGUUAAUUGAUCAUGUAAUAUAACAGAUGUUAAAAUAGUGUUCCAUCUCAAGUGUUUUUAGAGGCAUGUAGCAUUGUGAUGUGUUUGAUCUAAGGCAGAUGAAGAAAGAAGAGUUAAUGUUAACAUGAAGACUUUAACUCUAUUGCCCAGACACAAGUGUCAUGUACUCUAGGGCUGGUCUGUGCUACCAAGUAAAUCUCCUUGCGUUGACCUAUUUGUGCCUGGCUAUACUCAACUUUGUGUCCAUCCAAUGUAAAUGCCCCAUUACAUCAACACAGUAAAACCACCUCCUUGAACAGCAUAGAGCCAUCAUUAACCUCCCGAGGUUGGUGCACUGUGAGUGUAGAUACGACAUGACCUGUGUCAACCCUAACAGUCCUCCAGCAGCUGUCCCACAAUGCCCCAUUCUCUGUAACAGUAACACUCUGUUCACAAUUGCAAAUUUAACUGCCCAGAAAUCACAGAUCCUGGAAACUACACCCAUUUUGAAGCCCCCCACAUAUUUUUUAAAAUGCUUUUUCUUGAUUGCCUACCUUGGUGAGCACACCUCGCAGCUCUCCCUUGUUGUAUGCAACUGCCCAAUCAGCUGUUCCAGCACAAUGUAAUAGAUGCGCUCCUGCCUGGAGUAGACAGAAGUGAUAGGAUCUUCUGGGCCUGUGGGUAGAAUUGGCUGUGGGAAACACGGCUAUAGACCAGUUGUAGAAAUGUGGACAUUUUGCAUGGGGGAUGCUGGCAAAGGGAUAUGACAGGGAUCAGUAGCAGUACUGCAUGAAAGUAAAGGAACUUGGCCAGGAAUACAAUAGAUCUGGUGGUGCCCUGUAGAUGUGCUGUUUUUACAAUGAGCUGCACGCCAUACAUCAGCAUCCCACAGACUACUAUGGAUAUCUCAGAGGAGCCUGAGACAGAGACUUCUGCUGUGAACAGGGAGGAAGCAGAAGGGGUGGGAGCUCCAGCUAUGCCGUGAGCCAGGACCUGUUCAAAACACCACGACAGUCUAGCCAGUCCCACCAAGUGAGCAUGGAUGAGCCUGGUGAAGGAAAGAGACUACUGGUGUGGUGCUCCCCCAUUCCACACCUGCAGAACAUCUGACCCUGAUGAGGAGGAGAAAGAAGACGACUAGGGAAUAUAUGUUCAGUCAGAUCCUACAAGCCAGUGCUGUAUUGUACCAUGAACAAAGGGCUUGGAGGGCCUAUAUGAUUGACAGUCUAAAGAAAGAAAGAGAGGACAAGAGAGAGGCCCAGGAACCCCAGCAGGACAAAGAGAGGGAAAUGCACCAGGACAUAAUGGGACUUCUAAGGCAGCAGACCCAAAUGCAGCAGCACAUAGUUGACCUAUAGAUUCAAAAAUGUUAGACGCUCCGCCUUUUCAGUCCUUGGAGAACUCCAUGGUUUCUGCUCCCUGCACCUCCCAACAUACCACAUAGCAUCAAGGGGAACAUCUUUAUCCCUAUCGUUCCUCACCAGGAACAGCAAGGAAAACCACAGCUUCACAGAACCAUGGUUGGUGUAUGUGUAGCCACAACGAACUACACUUGUGCAUGGAAGUGGACAGAAAUGUUUGCUGCCUUUCCAAUUAUAAAGUUCCACUCCAUUAAUUUGUUAGAAUUUUGUAUUACGUUGCCUUUGUUUUCCUGCACUGUUUUUCCCAUUCAGUAAAGUUCUAUUUUUGGAGAAUAAAAUUAUCUUUAUUAGUUCACAACACAUAUUGUAGAAUGAAUAUCAGUACUCAAAGCAAACAGUACUUGUUAAUAUCCAGCAAGCACCACCUAAUUCAUAGCUUCAGGAAAACACCUAGUCAUAUUUAUAAAUGAAGAGCUAGCAGCACCCAAAGCUCCAGCUCCAAAGACUAAUCCAGCACCGAAUGCUACUGUGGCUGACUGCUAAAGUGCUCUUUCAAAGCCUCCCUCAACUGCAUAGCCCCAUGUUGGGCUCUUGUAAUGGCUCUUGUGUCUGGCCGCUCAGAGGUGGCAGACAGCUGCUCCAGCUCCACCCCGGCAGGAGCUUUUCCCCCUUUGCCUCACAGAUAUUAUGCAGAACACAACAAGCAGCUAUAACUGUCCGGAUAUUUUUCUCGUUGACAUCCAGCUAGCAAGUAAAUACUGCCAGAGUGUCUACAGUCUACCAAAAGCACAUUCAGCAACCAUUCUGCACCUGCUGAGCCAGUAGCUAAAUCUCUCCUUGGAGCUUUCAGGGUGACCAGUGCAUGGCUUCAUGAGCCAGGGGAAAAAGGAGUGGGGCGAGUCUCUCAACAUCACUAUUGGCAUUUGAAUUGCGGAUGGUAAUCUGCCAGUCAGGAAAGAAUGUCCAUGCUUGCAGCUUUCUGAGUAGUCCUGUGAUCUUAAAAAUGCAAGUGUUAUGCACCUUCCCUGACCCCAGUCCACAUUGUUCUUAGUGAAGUAUCCCCAGUGAUCCACCAACACUUGCAUAACCAUAGAAUAGCAGCUCUUUCUAAUGAUGUAUUCUGUGGCAAGGUGGGCUGUUGCCAAAAUACGGCUAUUGCCCCACUGCAAUUCAGGAACCACCAUUGUUGCAAAAAUCCAUCCACUAAGUCCUGCACAUUGCUGAGAGUCCUCCAUAACAGGAGACGAUUAGUGACCCUAUAUACUUGCAUUAUGGCGUCUACUCCACUGUGGAUUUUCCAACUGCAAAAUGAUUUUCCACUAACUGGUAGCAGUUUGGCACUGCAAACUUCCAGAGACUGAUCUCUACUUGUUUUUCCAUUGUCAAUGCAGUUUUUAUUUUUGGUGUCGCUGCACUGAGAGCUGAGGUGAGCUUGGUACACAGAUCCAGGAAUAUGGCCCCCACAUUUACAUCAUCUCAAACCUAUAUUACAAAGAGAUCCCUCCAGUCAGUGUUCAUUUCUGGGGCCCAAAAGUAAUGCUCCACCAUCUGCAGCUGCUUUGUGAACACCACCCACAACCUUGAAUUGUUUUUCACUAUGUCCCUUAGCAAGCUGUGCUUGAAGAAAUUGUCAUGCUCCCCAUUUUUGCGGUACUUCUGUGGGUUUCCAAAUAAAAGAGAAUCAAGCAUCCUAUAUUUGCAACAUUCAUGAGAACAGUGCAGAGCUCUGCAGGCUCCAUGCUUCCGUGAGAGAUGUUGUAUACUGAAACGUGCUGUACAGGUUUCUGGGAUUUAAAAAAAAAAAAAAGCAUGAAAAGUAUGGGGUAUGGAUGGUAUUAGGAAAUUCAGCAAGUUGCUUGCUGGGAACUUGACCCUUGCAUCCAGAGAUCACUGGGCAAGUCAUUUCUAUCUGCAACAUAUUGUGAAAAUUUCCCAAAAGGCAUUGCACCAGAUGGCAGCAUGUGGCACACUGGGAUACCUACCUGCGGUGCACUACACUUUGCAUCACUGCACUCUUGCACUGAAUGCAGUAACUAUCUCUGAGGGGGACUAUCAUGGUGAAAUACUGUGCAGCAUAUAACUGCAGUAAUGCAGACACAAAGUUAAAUCGGAAGCAGGGAAUAACUUUUCAUAGGUUUCCCAGGGAUAAUAAGAAAAAACAGCAGUGGGCCCAGGCAGUACAUCGGGCUGACCCUGUGAGUGGCAAACUCUGGACACCAUCUGAAUGGGAUAUGAUUUGUUCUCAGCAUUUCAAUCCUGACUGCUUCAAAGAAAUUAAUGGAAAGAAAUUUUUAAAGGAAGGGAGUUGUCCUUCUAUAUUUUCCUUUCCUGACAAUUUUCAGAGAAUAGAUAAUUCUCUACGGCGAUCGGCGAAGAACUCCAAAUGUGCUGGCACAUUUCUAGAAAAUCCUCCUCUCACAGCAGAUCCUGCUGAGGUGUAUGUUACAGUAACGAAAACAGCGAACAACUCAAAAAGAUUAACAGAAAACUUCAGCUCUGCUCAUGAGCUGGACACCAAUGUGGUGUGUAAUACACAGGACACAGUAAUGACAGACCACCAUUACCAUAUCACAGACAGUCCAAAAACUCUGAAGAGGAAACUGGAUGAACUUUUAGCAGAGAAUCACAAGCUCAGAAGAAAAUUAAGAAAUGCUUCUGAUCAGGAAGAGAGACUCCAUAAAAAUAUGGAAAUCUUGUUGGACAAGCUGCACUCUAAAGACAUGUCGUCAUGGGAAAUAAAGUGAUUGCUAGAUCUGUGCAAAGGCCAGGGGCUGAAUGACAGGUCUUCUCUCCCACUGCACCCAGCUGUUGGAUAAGAAAUGUUCACUAAUGUUUAUUGCUAUACAUGUCAUUUUUGAAUGUAUUUAUUAAAUAAAAAGCUGUAAACAUUACUGAAGUUUUUAUAUAAAAGCUAGAAACUUGAAAGUUAAGAUUGGCACUUGUGUUGUUCAGGGAGUGAAUGUCAGCCUUUUACUUUAAUUCCCUGUCUCUUCAUUUGUCCCACAUGGUUAUUUUUUAGCUAUAUAGUUUCAUGAAGAGUGGAUGGGAGAUUUACUGCUUUUUUUAAAAAGUCUUCUGUAGACAUUUACUAAGCCUGUAGUAUUUACCUGAGAAUACACUAGAAUGUUCCAAUAAGUAUUUAUAAGUUUUCCCCAAACCUGAUAGGUUAGGAAAUUUAUAGUCUGAUAAAUAUACUGCAGCAUUUAUGAAAAUUUGUAUUGGUUCAUCUCUCUUUAUAUUUAACCAGUGUAUUAGACUAGUUUCAGAUAAUUUUUAAUGGCAAAAAGUUGAAAAGACCACAUCAUGACACAUUUCUUUUGCAGCUCCUCCAAAACUUCUAGCAGUAAAAACCUUCAACAUCUCCAACCAUCAGACUUUGCUUAGAGCACCUACUUUAUUCAUUGUUGUCUUUCCCCCCUGCUCUAUCUUGUGUCACAUUUUAAGUGCAUUAAUUUCUAACAGCGCAAUGGUGUCAUUGCACCAGCCAUCCACCCAUGCACUAUAAAGUCAGUUUAUAUAAUGGUUUGAAAUAUAUAUAUAUAUUUUUUUUUUUUGAAAGACUGGCACGUGCAUUAACUAUUGUAUUAAAUCUUAUGAUCACACAUAGUAAAGUGUGUGUGUGUGUGUGUAAUAUACACACACACACACACACACCCUGCUACCUUGAUAUAACGUGACCCGAUAUAACACAAAUUUGGAUACAACGCGGUAAAGCAGUGCUGGGGGAGGGGGGGAGGGGGGAGUGUUGCACAUUCCAGCGGAUCAAAGCAAGUUCGAUAUAACGCAGUAAGAUUAAGGUUUUUUGGCUCCUGGGGACAGCAUUACAUUGGGGUAGAGGGGGUGUAUGUGUGUAAAAUUUAAUAUUGUUUAAUGGAUCCAGACUUAUUCUAGUCCGUUGUAUCAAUAUAUAGUUCUGCUGUCUAUAUUGCAUGCUAAAAUUGAACCUAUUAAAAUUCAUUAUGAAAAAUAA